AUGUCGGCCAGUAUAAUUGUUCAAGCUACACCAGUAAAAGCGAAUCUCGAGGGACUCCUCGAUGAAAUACAACAAUUGGAUCUAACUCCGUUAGACCAAAAAGCGACAGUAGAAGUAUUGUACCAGCAAUACGAAGCAAGGGCAAGGAUUAUCAAAGAAAAGUUGAUGCGCCUCGAAAAAUACGUUGGCACUCUUGAGAAGAUCAACGACAAAUGGUUGAAACACAUUCAACUAGCCCCAAUGUCGCAAAAGAAAAAAGAAGAAAAAUACGAACAAAUGACAAACGACGAUAGAGAGUUAGCCCUUAAACGUCUAGCACAAAUUAAAGAACCUAGCUUAACUGAAUGUCGUCCAGUAGUAAAUUUAUCACAAUUGUCGUUACCACCGUUUAGUGGAGACCCUAAAACAUGGAGAGAAUUCUGGAGUAGUUUCGAAGCCUUCGUACACUCUCAAAACAUACCAGAUAUCCAAAAAUUAAAUUACUUGGUUUCUUGCUUAAGAGGAAACGCCCUCCAGCUAGUAAGAGGUUACGAUAGGGCACCUGAAAACUAUAGAAUUAUAAGAGAAUUAUUAAUGGAGAAAUUUGGUCGUGUUUCCACUAUAAGAAAAUUACUUUACAAUGAACUCAUAUCUACAAAACGAAACAACCGAGACUGGAAAACAAUAAUCGAAGAAAUGGAGAGAGUUCUAAGGCAGUUAGAAGCAAUUGGCGAAAACGUAGAGCAACCUAGCAUCGAAACGAUAAUAGAAUCCAAAUUGCCAAACUGGAUAUUAAACCAGGUUUAUCAACAGUAUGGCAUUUCUGGUGCUAUCAUCAGAAUGGUGUAG